UUGCAGGGUCGUUAUAUAGUCGUUCAGGAGAGGCUGAAAGGUAGAAGUCGCUGUCUCACGACGGUGUCUUGGAGCGGAAGGUGGUCAGAUUUCAAAAUUGCCCGAGGACGUCAUCACACGUGAUCCGCACAGCCCGUGCUGCUACGCCAUAAACUCGAAAAGGAAGGUGGUGUGAUACUGCAUGCCCACAACUGUGGAACUCCCGCCUCACCCGUAGUUCAAGUGGAGUUCUGAAAAGAAUUCGCUUGCGAUUUUUGUGCGCUAGGAUCGAACGUUUCAUCUGGAAAGAGAUCUCUCAGACUGUAAACAAAUCGGUUCCCGCCUUUCCUCCCUAGCGGAUGUCAGUGGAAGACAUACGUGCAAUCGUCAUGAUGCGCUCGAAACAGCUGCGGGGGCUACAGAUGAUUCUGGGACGAAAUCAUGCGUGGUCGCACCGCAAUAUUGCGUGCGAAUACCGAAGGCUAGAGGCUCGUGUUGCUUGUGCGAUCAAGCCAAAAUGAGAACACAGAGUGCCAAACUCGGGGUUUCAACCUUGGGCAAAGGCGUGAGGGCUAAAUGUAUCUACCGCUGUGAAAGAUGAAAUUGUUUGACUUCAGCAGCUAUCCC